AUGGGCUCGUUCAACCCCAAUUCAGCCCCAGCCACGAGGCCCCCGCUGCCGCCGCCGAUCCGCGCAUGCAUCUUCGACAUGGACGGGCUCCUGAUCGACUCGGAGGACAAAUACACGCUGGUGACGAACACGAUCCUGCGCGAGAACGGCCGGCCCGACCUGCCCUGGCAUAUCAAGGCGCAGUUACAGGGCCGGCCCGGGCCCGCGGCGGGCAAGAUCUUCCAUGACUGGGCGCGGCUGCCGAUCUCGCGCGACCGGUUCCAGGAGCGGCUGGUCGAGUUGCAGGCCGAGGCGUUCCAGCAUUGUAAACCGCUUCCGGGGGUGGAGGAUUUACUGAGGCGAUUGCAGAACGCAUAUACCAUGGAGAUAGACAACCAGACAAAAUCCAAAAUUGGAGGAGGAGGUGGAGGAGAGGUCAACAUCAAUGUCGGAAAAGAAACUGCACAAACACAAACACAAACACAAAACCAGAGGCCAAGAGUCCAUUUGGCCCUCGCUACCAGUUCGCAUUCCCGCAACUACGAGAUCAAAACGGCCAACAUGCAGCGUCUGUUCGGCGUGUUUCCCGACCCCCAUAAGAUUCUGGGCGACGACCCGCGCAUCCCGACCGGACGCGGCAAGCCGCUGCCGGACAUCUACUUGCUGGCGCUGCAGGCGAUCAACGACACGAUCCGGGCGCAGGACCCAAAUGCCAGACCGAUCGAGCCGAGCGAGUGUCUCGUCUUCGAGGAUAGUGUGCCGGGCGUGGAGGCCGGGCGGAGAGCAGGCAUGCGCGUCGUCUGGUGUCCGCAUCCGCAGCUGUUGGAUGUCUACCGGGGCCGAGAGGACGAAGUGCUGGCCGGGCGCACGGGCGAGCAUAAAGAAGAAGAAGAUAGAGACAAUCAUCAUGCAGAAGAGGAAAAGGGCAUUCCUAUCGCUGGAAGUCCUGGCCAGCCUGGCGAGCUUGGUGAUGGGUGGGCCGAGCUGCUUCGUUCGCUGGAGGACUUCGAUUAUGCGAAAUACGGGCUGGAGGUUGACGAGACAGGCGCCGCGCAUACAACAAUCCAGGACCAGGCCGCCACGGAUGCCACAACGGAUAAAGCCUUGGAGGAGAUGACAGCCAUGGCGGACGGCAAGCAGCAUGCCCCGGAGGAACCGCCGUCUGUGCCGACUCCGGUUCCGAGUAUGACGUGA